AUGUCAUCAUUAUGCCAGAAACCAAGACUGAUGCCCUAUCUAUAUUCAAUAUUACAAAAAGUCCAUGUUGUUUCGCAUACAAGGCGUCAUGAAAACAGGAAUAUGAAUAAACAUAUUUCAAGAGCUGUACCAGCAUCCAAGCUUAAAACAGGCCGUAAUAUUUGGAAUCUAGCAGUAAUUGAUAAUAUUGACAUUAAAGAUCAUACAUUUUCUUAUGGUAACAUCUUUGAUGUUACAAGAAAUACAUCACAUGCAACACUAAGAAUGGUAUUUCAAUUUGAAUUACCUGAUUUACCAAUGUUUCAACCAACAAUAAAGGAACCAUUAUUUAGUGAAAAUUCAUUUGUUGAAAAUUGGAUUGAAAAAUUUAAUAAUGUUUUUGAUGCUCUGUAUAAUACAUAUAUUAAGAACUUUAAUAAAGAAAAUGUAGAUAUUUCAAUUCAACAAUAUAUUAUAA